AUGACUAAGACCAAGGGCAAUCACCUCAUCUUCAUCAUCAGCACCAUCAUGAAGGUCCUCCUCGUCCUCUCUGUGCUCCUCUGUGUGGCAUUUGCAGCUCCCACAGAGGAGGCAGUGGAAAAAGCUCUUGAGAUGCCAGCUGAAGCCUCUGGGAAAGACGUGCCUGCUGCACCAGAGGCGGCAGAAGAGAAGCCAGUGGCUGAUCCAGAGUCAGAAGAGAAGAAAGCUGAGGAAAUGAAAGAGGAAUCUGCUCCAGCUCCCAGACGUGCGCCUGUGUUUGAGGACCCAGAGGAGAGAGCAGAUGUGGAGGAGGCCCAGGCUCCUGAGUUUCGCUUCUCGUUCUGUCCUGACGGCUGGUUCAAACAUGGAGCUCGCUGCUUCCGCUUUGUCAACAGCCCCAUGUCCUGGCACAAUGCAGAGGAGUAUUGUAACAGCCUGGGAGCCCAACUUCCCUCAGCCAGCAACCCCAGCGAGUAUCGCUUCCUCCAGCAGCUCACGCAGACAGCCAGCCAGACCACCGCAUGGCUGGGGGGCUUCUACCUGCAGACCCGGUGGAUGUGGAUUGACCGUCAGGGCUUCUAUUACGCCAACUGGUACAGCCAGGCCACUGCCACCAGCUAUCCUUGCAUCUACUUAAACUCCAACAAGGGAUGGAGCAAUGCCAACUGUAACACUAAUCUGCGCUUCAUCUGCUCCGUGAGCCCAGGCAGCUGUUAGCUGGAACUUGAUGCACAGCAGGAGGCUUGUGGACGAUCAGCUGUGAUGUCCUCUAAGACCUCUG